GGGCCAGUGCCACCCAUGCAGCCCGCCAUGAUGAUGUUCUCCAGCAAGUACUGGGCUCGGCGUGGGAUGUCGCUCGACUCGGCCAUGUUCGACCGCCAGCACCAGCACCAGAAGCACACCGGCGGGCAGAUGUCUCGCCGUCCGUCCUUCAGCCCCAUCAUUGAGAAGCCAGACAGCGAUGCCGACGCCGGCAGGACCGCCGUGGUCUUCUCUCUGAAGAAUGAGGUGGGAGGUCUGGUGAGAGCCCUUAGGCUCUUCCAGGAGAGGAGAGUGAACCUGAACCACAUCGAGUCCCGGGUGUCGAAGCGAGUCACCAAUGAGGUGGAGAUCUUCGCCGACUGCAACUGCAGCCAGAAGGAGUUCAAUGAGCUCCUGCAGCAACUGAAAGAUCACGUCAACAUCAUCUCCUACAACACGCCCGCACAUGUGUGGGCCGCCGAGGCGGACGGCGACGACGUGCCCUGGUUCCCCAUGAAGAUCUCUGAGCUGGACCAGUGCUCCCACAGAGUUCUGAUGUACGGGUCGGAGCUGGACGCAGAUCAUCCGGGCUUCAAAGACGAAGUCUAUCGGCAAAGGAGGAAGUACUUUGUGGAAGUCGCCAUGAACUACAAAUUUGGACAGCCCAUACCUCGGAUCGAGUACACCGUGGAGGAGGUCCAGACCUGGGGCGUGGUCUUCAGGGAGUUGACCAAGCUGUACCCCACUCAUGCCUGCAAGGAGUACCUAAAGAACCUCCCACUGCUGACCAAGCACUGCGGUUACCGAGAGGACAACAUCCCACAGCUGGAGGACGUCUCGCUCUUCCUCCGAGAGCGGUCAGGCUUCACGGUGCGACCAGUGGCAGGCUACCUGUCUCCCCGGGACUUCCUGGCUGGCUUGGCCUACAGAGUCUUUAACUGCACCCAGUACGUCCGUCACAGCACCGACCCGCUUUACACUCCAGAACCGGACACGUGUCACGAGCUGCUGGGUCACGUCCCCCUGCUGGCCGACCCAAAGUUCGCCCAGUUCUCCCAGGAGAUCGGACUGGCCUCGCUGGGAGCCACGGACGAGGACGUCCAGAAACUGGCCACGUGUUAUUUCUUCACCAUUGAGUUUGGACUCUGCAAACAGGAAGGUCAGCUGAGAGCCUACGGAGCCGGUCUGCUGUCGUCCAUCGGCGAGCUGAGGCACGCGCUGUCGGACCAGGCGUGCGUGAGGAUGUUCGAACCCAAGACCACCUGCACUCAGGAGUGUCUCAUCACCACCUUCCAGGAAGUGUACUUCGUCUCUGAGAGCUUUGAAGAGGCCAAAGAGAAGAUGAGAGAGUUUGCAAAGACGAUCAAGCGUCCGUUCUCGGUCUACUACAAUCCGUACACGCAGAGCAUCGACCUGCUGAAGGACACGCGCAGCAUCGAGAAUGUGGUGCAGGACCUUCGCUGUGACCUCACCACCGUCUGCGAUGCCCUCAGCAAGAUGAACACCUACAUGGGCAUCUGAUCCCGAACGCUUCCACUGUCGCUGCCGCCGCCGCUGCUUCCGUCCUGGAUGAUGUCGUCGCUCAGAUCUCGGCUCCUCAUUGGUUUUAC